AGUGAGCGACGUCAUUUCCGGCAUACUGUUAAUCACGAAAAAACAAAACACCUCUAGCACUGAGUCUGUGAUGAAGCACCGUCGAAAAAGUCUACGAAAGUACAAUGUGUUGGAUUCAGGUUCGGCGGAGAAGUUGCUGGUAACAUCGGGAAACAAAUGUUAGCUAGCUAACCAGCUUGCCCUCCACCAUGAAUUUGAGAGGACUCUUUCAGGACUUCAAUCCCAGUAAAUUCCUGAUCUACUCUUGCCUGCUGCUGUUCUCCGUGUUGCUCUCCUUGAGGCUGGAUGGAGUCAUUCAAUGGAGUUACUGGGCUGUGUUCACCCCGAUCUGGCUGUGGAAGCUGUUGGUUAUCAUCGGGGCCUCUGUGGGUACGGGAGUGUGGGCCCACAACCCUCAGUACAGGGCUGAAGGGGAGACCUGCGUGGAGUUCAAGGCCAUGCUGAUCGCAGUGGGGCUCCACGUCCUGCUGCUCAUGUUCGAGGUGUUGGUGUGCGACCGCGUGGCCAGAGGAAACUACUUCUGGCUCCUCGUCUUUAUGCCCCUCUUCUUCGUGUCGCCCGUCUCCGUGGCGGCGUGCGUCUGGGGAUUUCGACACGACCGCUCUCUCGAGCUGGAGGUGUUGUGUUCCGUGAAUAUCCUGCAGUUUAUCUUCAUCGCUCUGAGGCUGGACAGGAUCAUCACCUGGCCUUGGCUGUUGAAACUAAAGCCCGCCGUUACUUCCUGUGCUUUCCUCCCUACGGGAUCGCAGGUGGUGUGCGUCCCACUCUGGAUCCUGAUGUCCUUCUUGUGCCUUGUGGUCCUUUACUACAUCAUUUGGUCGGUGCUCUUCCUCCGCUCCAUAGACAUCAUUGCCGAGCAGCGGCGAACUCACAUCACCAUGGCAAUCAGCUGGAUGACCAUCGUUGUACCGCUUCUCACCUUUGAGAUCCUUCUGGUUCACAAGCUGGACGGCCACAACAGCCUGAGCUACGUGUGUGUGUUCGUCCCUCUGUGGCUGUCGCUGCUCACGCUCAUGGCCACCACCUUCGGCCAGAAGGGCGGGAACCACUGGUGGUUUGGCAUCCGCAAGGACUUCUGCCACUUCCUGCUGGAGCUGCUCCCCUUCCUGCGGGAGUACGGCAACGUGUCCUACGACCUGCAGCGCAGCGAGGACCCCGAGGCGGCCGAGGACCUGCCCGUCCCCGAGCCGCCGCCCAAGAUCGCCCCCAUGUUCCACAAGAAGACCGGCGUGGUGAUCACGCAGAGCCCCGGCAAGUACUUUGUGCCGCCGCCCAAGCUGUGCAUCGACAUGCCCGACUAGCGGCCGCCGGACACUCGGGGGAGACGGCCAGAGGAAAAUGCCGGAGGACGGCACGCUCGUUUUUUUUUUUUUUUAAAGCUGCUCUCCUGAAGGAUUUAAACCCCCCCCCGUUCCCCCCUAAUCCCUCCUCCUCCUCCCAACCAAACUGUGCGACAUGCCAUGCUCAGGCAGCUUUUAUGGUGAUGGGUUCCAAUUCCAGCUGUUUUUAAAGCUCUCGUCCUCGAUCUGUCAAGGAUGAACUUGUUGAACUGAACAGACAGAUGUAUUUUUUCUCAUCCCUCACCUAGUGAGGUUCCACUAUUUUUCUCCCCCCCGCCAUCUGAGGAUGAACAUAUUUAGGGGGGGAGGUUGUGGGCAACCGACCAGAGGAAAGGUCACAGAUUCUCCGCAUUUUAGGCGGACACGAUGCCGAGGCAGAGCCGGAGCCACCGCCCGGCCCGGUUUGUGACGGGGGACCAUUACAGAGACUCUACGGACUGACCGCCAAGGUUUCCGUUUUUCACUUCAAAAGGGGGGGGAGGGAGAUUUUAAGUCAAAGAAUUCUUUGCUUCCCCAAUAACGCGUCAGCACAUUCAGUGGAAAAGUCAUCGGCUUAAAAAAAGUCACCAGUUAAGCUAUUCCAGUCAUUCCUCGGCUGAGCCCACACGAGUUGGGGUCUUUAAAAGCGAUUAAAAAAGAAAAGAAAGAAAAAAAUAAGUUCUCUCCUUUUUGCGGCGCAUUCAAGUGCCGCUCUGUUCCUUCAGACGCCAGAUAUUAGACCCAUCACCGCCGCCGAAUGGUCACCACGGGAAAGGUAGAGAACUUGUGGGAGGAUCUGGAUCUGGCUAAACGGGCCUUGAAAAAUUCCAUCUCAAAAUUGCGAAUUUAUUUCAGGCGAACGCGAGAGCACAAGAUUCCACCCCACGUCACUAAUAUUGGUCUCAAAAGGACAGAUUAUGGCGGUUUAUUAUUAUUUUUUUAAUGUUCUUUCAAGCAUUGUUUCUCUUAAUAAGAGAAUACUAGACAUGGCACUUUGUUAACCCGUUCCAAGAGAAGCACUGUAAGGUCUCCGUUUUCUUUCCUAUUCCUUUUAUUUUGUUUUUUAAAGCAAAAAAAAACUUUAUCUUGCUUCCUUUUUUUGGCUUUUUGUAAAUACCACAGUGGGUGAAGAUUGGGACCAGAGGGUUGAAAUGGGUAUGGUUUUAAUCCACAGCCCCCAGUAGCAUCCGCGCAGACAGUUAAGAAUCCCCCUCCUGGCCAAACUUUGAGCUUUUCGACUGCACGUUUUGCGGCCGAGAAAAAAGAAAUCGAGAAGGGCUUCUGCGGCCGACUCCAGGAAUCACCCGGAGAUAAGUCGUCCACAGACCAGCUUUAACUACCCCGGACUAGUGUUUUAAAUCCAGGUCUGUAUGAGAGAAGGACUUAUGUAUGACAUAUGUGGACACGUUAAGCAAAAAGUGGUUCUCCGCCCUUCUGUUUUUGUCUCAUUGUUGGCGUGUCCAAACCCUGUGUGUAAGUCUCUUUCUCCUCUCACAGCUUUGCUGAUGGUCACAUAAAGUCCCUGAAAUCACUCCCAAGUGCUUGUGGUCUUUUCUUUGUAUUUAUUUUCAGAUUAAAUGGAGGAUGGAGCCCACCAUGCAGUGGUUGUCUGCUAUUUGUGAGUGUGUGAG